UGGAUAUAAUAAAUACAUCAUUUUGGGGCCAUCUAACUUUGAUCUCCUUUGAACCGUUCGUACAAGCCAUGACACGUAUCUACACCAGUUAUAUAGGUGGUACACCAGCCAAUCCGCUUCCCAUAUUACUACUCCGUGUAUCUAUCUAUCCUUCCAAGGCCGACGGACAAGGAUACAGCGAGCGAGGACUCCUCGUCUGAUCAUCUCAAAGAAGGUUUGCUGGAGCAAUGGCUAUUAGCCGGACCGCGCAGAUUUCUCUUGCUGUGGCAACAUUUGGCUCACUGGCCUUCAUUCUUGGAGUAAUUGCUGAAAAUAAAAAGCCUGCCGCUGGAACUCCAAUCCAUGGAAAAGAUGUAGUAAUUUGCAAAUAUCCAUCUGAUCCAACAGUUGCUUUGGGGAGCUUAUCUGUUGUAGCUCUCUUUGUUUCUACAAUUCUUGGCUUGGUUUCUAUUUUCUACCCCUACAAAGGCAAAUCUGUUCCAACUGAUGCUUUGUUCAGGAGCACUACCUUGGUUGUGUUCUUUGUUAUUGCAGUUGAAAGAGGAAUCUUGAAGCCAACUCCAAUGAUGGUAAUGAAGAUGUCUAUCCCUGCAGUAAUCGGGUCUGUUUCUGUGCUGGCUGAAGCGAUGAUGAUCUGGGCAUCCGUAACUGAAGGCCUUCACCGUGUCCGGAAUGUCCACCACAACCUUGACACAGGGUGCCCCACUGCAAAGACUGGACUUUUUGGUGGUGCUGCCUUUCUAGCCCUUGAUGCAGCGCUCUUCUGGUUGGUUUGCCAAAUGCUGACACUCAAUGCCCGAGAUGACUACUUAGAAGAGGAGGACCCAAAAGGCGAGUAUGGGCAAGUUCUUGCAACCGACUAUGAAAAUGGAGCUGGGACUCAGCCCAAGGUCUGAAAUAUCAAUGAAGAAGAGUUGAAUUGUUACAUUGAUAUGACCCUGUUGAAAGUAUUAGUCGUUUAUAAAUAUACAUGUUUGCAAAUCUUUUUGCUUC